AUGAUGAUUGGAACGAUGAUCUUGAGACAUCCGUUCACCUUGUCCUUUGAGACGGCCUUGGUCAAUGCCACUAGUGUUUCGAUGGCCAAUCUAGGGUCCUUGAGUUGGGACGAAUACAGCAGCUCCACCAGUUUCGGAAUAAAGUUCUCCAACAACAGGCCGUGGACCUCGUUGUGUUUGAUCAGCGACUUGAUGGUCUGCGUGGAAAUAGCGUUUAGACUUGGUUCUUCCGAGACGAGUCCAUGGACGAUGAAUUCAGACACCCAUUUGGCCUCUUCUGUGGUGAGAGGAAGCUCGUUGAUUGUUGUGAUGAGGAUGGAGACGGUCAGAAUGGAGUUUUUCUGUGAAACGUCGAGUCUGUUUUUGAUGGAGUGGAAGAAUUGCGACAAGCUUGCGUUUUGA